AGGCCUGGUGAUUUACUUACGAAAAACCAGGUAUUGAAAAUCUUAUGUGGUUGCUCAAGGGCAAUGGUUUGUUUUUAACAUUUUUUUACUCCUUUUCAACAGGUUUGGUGGUUGUUUUUUUUUUAAACUCCUUUUCACAAUUUAAGAGCGGAUAUACACUGAGCAUACCUUCUUAUUCUUGACUUUAGCAGGAAGGCCUCUAGCGUUUCACAAUUAAGAUCCUCCCGUAUUAUUAUUUUUAAUGAGGCAAUGCUACCCAUUUCAUCUGGUCAUCCGCGACAUCUCUGGGGAAGAUAAAGGAUAUGAAGACUCUCAAACUGAUUCACAAACGUGUCUGCUGACUGAGCAGCAACCCACUCUGGGAGAGCAUCAAGCCUCCUAAAUUCAACUUAGUACAUUUUACACAUGAAGAAAGGAAGACCCACAGAACUGAGGGGACCUGCUCCAACGAACACAGGGAGCCUGUGGGAGUUCGAGUCACUUGUCCCGAAGUCCAAAUAUCUUUGGCUACAUGGAGAAGUUUGGGAGUCCGGAUAAAUCCACCGAACCUUUUUUAUUGUAUCCAACAUACAGAUGUUUAUUUUCAUACAGAUGAAUAUCUUAGGGGACUCUCGAAAGAGAAAAUAAAUCACAAAAGGCCGCAAGGAUGGAUGAGGCAGUCACCGUCUGGACAACUACAUUUGCAACAGUCCCAGGAGGGAGCCCCGCACCCAUGCAUCCUUGGAAGAGGUUCCCGUUCGAGUUCGGGGCGACGGAACACCCGGAGGUGUUCUGCAGGCACAGAGUCGGGAGGUCCAGAUGUGGGGGUACUGGACCGUUUAGUUAAAGCUGUUCCGUUUGGCACCCCGAGAAGGACGGAUGAUACAUCCUGGAGUCUAAGAAGGCAGAGAAAACCUGCCUGCCAAAGAAGCCAUACCAAAGGUCUUAAAAAGAGACUGGUCCUGAUGAGCACCCGUAGGCAUUCAACGUGCCUCAGCUCUGGGCUUAGGGGCAGUACCAAGGUUUCGCGGGGCGGAAGCCAGGAAGUGGGAAGCUGGGGGCGGAGCGGAGGAAAUGACACUAACGGGAGCGCCAAUUGGGUGUGGCUGGGGCUGAUCUCUCCGCCCUCUUGGGUAAAGGCUAACGGUUUCCGGUAGCGGCAUCUGGGAGAGGAGGGGGAGAGUCUGCGUCCCACCAUCCUUAGCCCCCGACCGUGCGACUCUGCACCCCCGUAGCAAGGCCAAGAUGAUGGGCUGUGGCGAGGCAGAGCUGGAGUCAGCGGAAGAGGCCGUGGCGGCCCCGGGGCCACCCCCCGAGCCUCGAGUCUCGGAGCCUCGAGCCCCAGUGCCCGAGCCGGGUCUGGACCUGAGCCUGAGCCCGCAGCCCGAGAGCCCCGAGCCUCCUAACUGCACCCCCGGGCGGCGGAAGGGGCGGGCGAACCGGCGGGGCGGGGCUCGGAAAGGGAGGCAGGUCCGAUUCCGCCUGGCGCCGACCUCUCCCAGUCGGUCCGAGCCGCUGCCGGCGGCCGCUGUACCAAGCGAGAAGCUCGCGGCGCCGCAGGAGCUGGAGGCGCCCGCGCUUCAGAGUACCCUGGCCUUGGGCCUCGAGCUGCAGGCCGCGCGGGCCGCUGCUGGGAGCCAAUUUGAUGCCGCCAAGGCCGUGGAGGAACAGCUGAGAAAGUCGUUCCAGACCCGCUGCGGCCUGGAGGAGAGCGUAGCCGAGGGGCUGAACGUGCCGCGUUCCAAGCGGCUCUUCCGGGACCUGGUGAGCCUGCAGGUGCCCGAGGAAAAGGUUCUGAACGCAGCGCUGAGAGAGAAAUUGGCGUUCUUGCCGCCGCAGGCCCGAGUCCCGCCCCCAAAGGAGCCCCCUGGGGCCGGGCCAGACAUGACCAUCCUCUGUGACCCAGAAACAUUAUUUUAUGAAUCUCCACACCUGACCCUCGAAGGCUUGCCUCCUCUCCGGCUUCAACUCCGGCCCCGGCCUUCAGAGGAUACUUUCCUCAUGCAUCGGACACUGAGGCGAUGGGAAGCUUAGACCUGGAAGAUCCCUGGAUGCAAGUUCGUAUUUUUGUGUUAAAACUUUUUUUUUCCAGAAUAAAGUGGUUUUGUUAACAAAUGAACACUUUUUGGCAUCCCUAAGAUGGGGCUAACACUCCAGGGGCUGGAACACUAAGCCUCAGGUUGAAAGCUGCUUGGAAGUUCAAUUUUUGGUCCUCUUUUUAGGAGACUGGUAAAGGGAUGGCAAGUGGAAAACACCGUCCAAUCAGGGAUUUAAAUACCCUCCUCUCCUCACCCAACUGUUUGGUGGGCAAGAAGUCUGGCUGUUAACCAAAAGGUUGACGGCUUGAACCCACCCAGAGGUGCUCAGAAGAAAAGCCUGGCGAUCUACUUCUGAAAGAUCACCAUUGAAAACUUCAGAGUGUAGUUCUCCUCUGACACACAUGGCUGCACCAUAAGUCAGAAUCGACUCUAUGACAACUGGUUUCGUUUUUACCACCCUAGUUGCCUCUUCCCCUGACAUCAGUCACAGCUGCCACCCCUUUCUGCUUUGGAUGACACUAUGUUCUGUUCAUUCCUUUGCACCGCUUAUUUCUGAUCAUUUUAACAUCUGCAUCUUAGCCCACUUCAGGGAGGCCUUUCCCUAAUUGCUCGUCUUAAAGAGAUGUAAGGCAGCUGCUUGUACUGAGUUACUGAAAUGAUCUUUGCCUUUACCUUUAAGGACCUUGUCUGUCUUGUUUACACCUGACCCACCGAGUGCUCAGUAUUUGUUCUAUGAUUGUGCAGCGACAUUUGACAAGCCACUGAAGAGUAUCACCUUAUUGUCUAUCUGGUUCCCCAAUCCCAAAACGGGGAGUGGGUGGGUGGUCCUAGAGCAAGUUAGUGGCUCUGGUCCAAAGUGCCUUUUUCUAGCUCCACUCCAACUCCACUGUUAACUCUGUUCCAAGAUUAGCCUUCUAUCCAAAGCUCCCAUCAAACGCUAUGUCAGCAGGGGUUUUUUGGGGAGGGAAAAUGGAACUUGUUCCUUGAAUUUUUACAUCAUAGUUUGUAUUACACCCCUUUUCCUGACUAGG